CGGAGGGAGGCGGUGGGAAUAUUCGAACCUUGUUCGGCAUAGCAGCUCGCCCGCUGGUCUCUUCGAUCAGCUCCACGUAGAAAACGAUAGAUCUUCGGCUAGGUUUUCUUUUUUUCCUUUUUUUAGAAUAUUUUGAUUUAGUCCCUCGUAUCACCGAAAUCGUUGUCGGAUCCCAGUUCUCAAUGAUUGCUACCGUGCGAUGCGUUAGAAUGAGGGGAUUCAAUAGCAAUUCCUAUGAACUGAGGGACUAAUUCAAAGUGAUAAGAUCAAUGCGACUAAUAUUGAAAUAAACAACUUUUUAUUUUUUUGGGGUUUGGUUUGGGUCGAGGUUUUAAGGGAAAAUGAUGGUUGUUGCUAUUUUUGGAGUUGGGUAUGGAGUUAUGAGAGGGAUUAGGGGAUACAGGAACGGGAACGAGUCAAGAAUGAAGAGGCAAUCGUCGGCGACUGCGGCUGGGUUGAUGUCUCAGAUAUCGAAGAUCGACGAGGAAUCCAUGGGAGGCUACGGACUGGGUCCAUGGGAGGAGCAGAGGAGCAGAGACAGUCAAACAGAGAACGGCACGCUGAAUCAUCAGUUGGGCUUGCACAAGACUUCGUCGGAGAUGUCUGCGAUCGAGAAGUUCUUACAGUUUCAGGAUUCGGUUCCUUGUAAGAUUAGAGCUAAACGAGGGUGUUCUACUCAUCCACGAAGCAUUGCCGAAAGGGUGAGGAGGACAAGGAUCAGCGAGCGCAUGAGGAAGCUACAGGAGCUUGUCCCCAACAUGGAUAAGCAAACUAACACCGCGGAUAUGCUAGAUUUGGCUGUGGACUACAUCAAAGAUCUCCAGAAACAGGUCAAGGUACUGGGAGAAGGAGAAAGUUAGGCUAGCAUAUAGACCCGUCCAUACGAAUACUCUCUGGAUAGUGAAAUUGAAACAUUACCUCCAAAAGCACGUGUUUAUUGAAACCUGAAGGUCAUCUGUUCUGUUUGAUUUUUGAAAUUACCUGAUUACUAGAGGUUUUGAAGUUCAAACUCAUGUUGGAAUAUAAUGGGUUUUAAAAUUUUUAUGUAAAAGUUUGUAAACAAUUUAUGUAUCUCUCUACUAUUUUGGUGAAUGU